GGGCAAAGGAGACUGAAGAGGCUUAAAAUAAUCACACCAUUGUAUAAAAGAGAGGAACGUUUCCUCUGUUUUUAACAAACCUCUUCAAUACUCUUUUUUUCUAUUUCAAUUUUUUUUUUUGUAUUUGUGUGAUUAUAAUCGUUUAAAAGAUGCAAGUCGUUCCUCCUUCAUCUCCGGCGACGAGUUUCGUCGAGCUUUACGAUGACUUCAGCUCGAAACUGAAGGUCGGUUUUACAAAGGAGGAAGAAGAUGAAAAUAACAGAGAUGAUAAUAAUCUUGACAAGUCUUGGUGGAAGAAUCAAGAAGAUGAUGAAGAAGAAGGAGAAGGAGGUGAAGAGUUCUCGUUCACGAGUGUAGACGCAAUUAACUCACCGAUAACCGCAGAUGAAGCUUUCGAAGACGGUCAAAUCCGACCGGUUUACCCUUUUUUAAACCAAAAUCUCCUCUUCGAACCGGAUGAGAGAUCUUUCAAGAAGCUAUUCGUGGAAAGCGAGGAAUCCACCACCGAAAGGGAGGAGGAUGAAUCUGAGCCGAUAGGACCGUACUGCUCGUGGUCGGGUAAAACGGUGGUGGAGAAAGCUUCGCGGGAGACUUGUCGGAAAAGCAAUUCGACGGGGUUCUCGAAGCUGUGGAGAUUUAGAGAUCUUGUUUUGAGAAGUAACAGCGACGGAAAAGACGCGUUUGUGUUCUUGAAGAAUCAGUCUUCUUCUUCUUCUUCUACGUCGGCGGCUAAAAUGAGCGGUGGCGUGAAGAGAGCGGAGAAAGGGAAGGAGAAGAUGAUGAAAACGAGAUCGGCACACGAGAGGCUGUACAUGAGGAACAGAGCGGUAAGGGAGGGAGAGAGAAGGAGAUCGUAUCUUACUUACUACAAACAUGUCGGAUUCUUCACCAAUGUCAAUGGUCUUACCAGAAAUGUUCAUCCUUUCUGAUUCCGACAUCUUGUUUUUUUAGUUUACAAAAAAAAGAAAAAAAAAUCUUGUUUUGUUUUGAAAAUUAAAAAAAAAAAGUUUUUUGUUUUGUCAACAAAAAGGUUAUUUCUUCCGACAAAACUUUACCUUUGUAUAUACCUUUUGUCUUAACUUUGCCUGUAUUAUAUAACCUUCUUUUGUAAGUAAAAGUAAAACAUGUUUAUUAGCUUAACAGUUCACUUGUAGCGUUUGAUUAUCUGGUUUUGGAUCUAAAGU